AUGGGGUUGCAGGAUUACCAGUUCACGUUUGAAUGUUCUGCACCCAGCUCCACCAACGGCAGCUUCCUCGAGCCUGAUCCCCAGGCCGGAUCCAUGAUGGACGAGUCCAUGUCAUUGACGGAGAGCAUCUUUGACUUUCCGAAGCGAUUCGGACGGACUUAUCAUGCAUAUAGAUCAGGCUCAUACAACUUCCCCAAUGACAAGUUGGAACAGGACCGCCUGGCCAUACAAGACAUUGCUUUCACCAAAGCCAUGGGCGACAGACUCUACUUUGCCCCGUUGGAUGACAGACCUCCCAAGAGAAUCCUGGACAUUGCCACUGGCACAGGAGACUGGGCGAUAGCAAUGGGCGAUCGCUUCCCAGAUGCCAGAGUGACGGCUACAGACCUGUCCCCAAUCCAGCCCGAUAUCGUGCCGAUGAACGUCGAGUUCUUCGUGGAAGACAGCUCCGAGCCCUGGAUAUUCAACGAACCAUUUGACUACAUCCACACCAAAACGACAGGCGGCUGUUGGGAAUCCUUUGAGACUCAAAUCGUGCAACAAGCCUUCGAUACUCUCUCCCCAGGCGGCUGGUUUGAGGCUCAGGAGUGCGCACCUGUCCCUCAUUGCGAUGACGGCACGCUCAAGGAGGACAGCGCGCUGGCCUCGUGGUUCCUUGACUUUCUAAACGCCGCCGUCGAGGCCAAACGCCCUCACGCGGAGUUUGGCUAUCUGAAGAACAUGAUGCAGCGCGUGGGAUUUGUCGAUGUCCAUCAAAAGAUCUUCAAGGUCCCCCUCAAUGGAUGGGCCAAGGACCCCGCGCUGAAAGAGAUUGGCCAGUUGAUGGAGACGAAUAUGCAGAUGGGGUUGAGUGCCUUUUCGCUAGGCCUUUUCACCAAGGUCUAUGAACGGACGCCUGAGGAAAUUGAGGUAUCGCUUGUCGAGGUCCGGCGAGAGGUUUCGGAUCCCUCAAUUCAUGCAUACUUGCCAAUAUUCGUCGUGUGGGGGAGGAAGCCGUUUCCGGGGGAGCACUCGUGA